GGCAGAGGCUGCAGUCCGUCUUCCCUUCAAAAACUUGGAAUGAUUUCAAAUCAUAGGCACCUUCACUUAACCCUAGCUUCCAUUCAUCAGCAAACACAGCGGAUCGAUGCUACGCUAACCUAUCGGGUUUUCGCUCGGCGCGUCCAGGUUAAAUGAAUACCUGACGAAAGGGCCCACGUUUCAAGGCAGUGACAUUUGAUAGCUGAGAGGAAAAGUGGCUUUAAUGAAAAGCAACCUUUGGAAUUCCUGCUUGUGAGAAAUCCAAUUCAGCUUUUUGUGCUGCCAGCAAGAAAUGAUCAGUAGCACCAGUGUUUAUGGCUUGAAGAUGCAGUGGACGCCGGAGCAUGCCCAGUGGCCAGAACAGCACUUUGACAUCACUUCAACAACCCGGUCUCCUGCCCAUAAAGUUGAAGCCUACAGAGGUCAUUUGCAGCGCACCUAUCAGUACGCCUGGGCAAAUGAUGAUAUAUCUGCUCUGACUGCAUCCAACCUCCUAAAAAAAUAUGCAGAGAAGUAUUCUGGCAUUCUGGAAGGCCCUGUGGACCGACCUGUACUCAGCAAUUACUCAGAUGCACCAUCAGGACUUGUGAAUGGUCGGAAAAAUGACAGCGAAGCCUGGCAGCCUUCCUUGAAUUCAGAGGCUGUGUAUCCCAUGAACUGCGUUCCAGAUGUUAUCACUGCCAGCAAAGCUGGAGUCAGUUCAGCCCUCCCUCCAGCAGAUGUCUCUGCCAGUAUAGGAAGCUCUCCUGGGGUGGCCAGCAACCUGACAGAACCUAGUUACUCCAGUAGCACCUGUGGAAGCCACUCAGUACCUAGUCUUCAUGCAGGACUCCCAUCUCAGGAAUAUGCUCCAGGAUACAAUGGAUCAUAUUUGCAUUCGACCUAUAGUAGCCAACCAGCACCUGCACUUCCUUCACCUCAUCCAUCACCUUUGCAUAGCUCCGGACUCCUGCAGCCUCCACCACCUCCUCCACCACCUCCAGCCCUGGUCCCAGGCUACAAUGGGACAUCUAACCUCUCCAGUUACAGCUAUCCCUCUGCGAGCUAUCCUGCUCAGACUGCUGUGGGAUCUGGGUACAGCCCUGGGGGUGCACCCCCUCCUCCUUCAGCAUACCUGCCUUCAGGAAUUCCUGCUCCUACACCCCUGCCCCCUACCACUGUCCCUGGCUAUACCUACCAGGGUCAUGGUUUGACACCUAUUGCACCUCCAGCUCUGACAAACAGCUCGGCAAGUUCUCUCAAAAGGAAAGCUUUCUAUAUGGCAGGGCAAGGAGAUAUGGACUCCAGUUACGGAAAUUACAGCUAUGGCCAACAGAGAUCUACACAGAGUCCUAUGUACAGAAUGCCCGACAACAGCAUUUCAAACUCAAAUCGGGGGAAUGGCUUUGACAGAAGUGCUGAAACAUCAUCCUUAGCAUUUAAGCCAACGAAGCAGCUAAUGUCCUCUGAACAGCAAAGGAAAUUCAGCAGCCAGUCUAGUAGGGCUCUGACCCCUCCUUCCUACAGUACUGCUAAAAAUUCACUGGGCUCGAGAUCCAGUGAAUCCUUUGGGAAGUACACAUCGCCAGUAAUGAGUGAGCAUGGGGACGAGCAUCGGCAGCUCCUCUCUCACCCAAUGCAGGGCCCUGGACUCCGUGCAGCUACCUCAUCCAACCACUCUGUGGACGAGCAACUGAAGAAUACUGACACACACCUCAUUGACCUGGUAACCAACGAGAUUAUCACCCAAGGACCACCGGUGGACUGGAAUGACAUUGCCGGCCUCGACCUGGUAAAGGCUGUCAUUAAAGAGGAGGUUUUAUGGCCAGUGCUGAGGUCAGAUGCAUUCAGUGGACUGACAGCCUUACCUCGGAGCAUCCUUUUAUUUGGACCUCGGGGAACAGGCAAAACAUUAUUGGGCAGAUGCAUAGCUAGUCAGUUGGGGGCCACCUUUUUCAAAAUCGCAGGCUCUGGACUAGUUGCCAAGUGGGUAGGGGAAGCAGAGAAAAUCAUCCAUGCCUCUUUUCUUGUGGCCAGGUGUCGCCAGCCCUCAGUCAUUUUUGUCAGUGACAUUGACAUGCUUCUCUCCACUCAAGUGAAUGAGGAACACAGUCCAGUCAGUCGGGUGAGAACCGAAUUUCUGAUGCAGCUGGACACUGUACUAACUUCGGCUGAGGACCAAAUCGUAGUCAUUUGUGCCACCAGUAAACCUGAAGAAAUAGAUGAAUCUCUUCGGAGGUACUUCAUGAAACGACUUUUAAUCCCACUUCCUGACAGCACAGCGAGGCACCAGAUAAUAGUACAACUGCUCUCACAGCACAAUUACUGUCUCAAUGACAAGGAGUUUGCACUGCUCGUCCAGCGCACAGAAGGCUUUUCUGGACUAGACGUGGCUCAUUUGUGUCAGGAAGCAGCAGUGGGCCCCCUCCAUACCAUGCCAGCCACAGACCUUUCAGCCAUUAUGCCCAGCCAGUUGAGGCCCGUUACGUAUCAAGACUUUGAAAAUGCUUUCUGCAAGAUUCAGCCUAGCAUAUCUCAAAAAGAGCUUGAUAUGUAUAUUGAAUGGAACAAAAUGUUUGGUUGCAGUCAGUGAUGACUUCUUUAAAAAUAAAUGUAAUGAAUGUUGGCACACACACAUAAAACCUGCUAAAUAGGGUAUAGAGCCCCUUUCCAGUAGUGUUUAAAUUGCAAAGGGUACUGGGGAAAGAUGAAAAAUAAGUUCCAUAUUUAGAGUCAGGGUAGAUUUGGAGGAAAAAUUGCAUCAAGUGAGAGAUUCAGAUUUGAAUGCCCCAGAUGACAGAAAGCAUCUGUUGAUGCUCAGUUCAGUUCAAGCUAGACAACACUCACCAAGGAGCAAGGUGCAAGUGUGUUGAUUUCAGAAGGACAUGAACCUCGUGUGUUGAUUCCAUUCUGCUGUUAUCAAGAUUUAGUUGCUGUCAAGUGCCUGGAGUGGUGCUUUAUUUUUUGUUUGCCUCACAAUUACAUUGGUGGCAUGUGCUAAUAUAAAGAGCUUUAACUUCAAACAUUAUUGGACUAAAGAGAUGAACGAUUGUGUUACUACAGAAAACCAGAUUUUUGCCAUUUUAAGAGCAACAGUAUUCCUCAAUCCUGUCUGUUCUGCAGUAUUAAACUAAGAACAGGUAAAACAGGGUAACGGUAAUCUGGACCUUAAUUUCUGCAGUUCAUUUCUUUUAACGUUCUUGUCUGCAAAAACUCAGGAAAGCGAUUGUGAUUUGUACAGUACCUCAAAGGAAUGUGUUGAAAAGCACUAUGUACUGCUGAGAGUAAUGGGAUAGGCUUCAAUGUUACUUUAUAUUAAAAUGUAUGUUUACCUCAACAAUUGGAAAAUCGCAAGGAAAAUUUCUUUGAAUGUAUCCUGAAAAAUACUGAUGUGUGGUUCAACUGAAUAUGUACAAUUUAAAAUAGAAAUGGAAGAAUUUAAACAAAAAAUGGUCUUUUACUAAUUUGGGGGAAUUAACCAGAGCAGAAUCAUUCUUUAUGUCAAUAACUACAAAAGUUCUUCGUCCAUUGCUCCUUGAUAUUAAGUGAAACUGUUCUUAAAAGGUACACUGGUUAAUGGAAAGCUACUUUAUUCAGUUUGUGUUAGUGUCUAGAACUGUCAGCCACAAGACCUGUUUCAGACCCUGAAAGUCACAGUACCUGAAAACUAGGACUGCCUUUUACCGCAUUAGGGGUGCUGGUGGUGGUGGUGGUGGUGGUUUGCAAGUUCUCUCUUGAAACUGCUGGGAAUGGUGUCAUUCUAUUCACUAAUCUAGCAUAUAGGCUUGCUGUGCUGUUUGAUAGAAUGCAAAAGAUCGCAGCCAAACAAACCAACAAACACACACACACACAUAGUGCGUGUAUAUAUAUGAUAUAUACAUAUAUAUCUAUACAUACACAUAUAUGUAUAUCCACAGAGAAUGUCUUCAUCCCCUUCUUUUUGACUCCUUGUCAGUGCAAUUUUGCUUCUCAUUUUGAAAUCUUCUGGGCUGUUAUGCUCCCA